AUGUCAUUGAUUGAUAAAAAAGUUAACAGUAGACAUCAUAUUGCCAUUGAUCCAGUGACGAAAACUACUAAGAAGAUAAGUGGAAAUAUAAUGCCUCCUCUAACUGGUAGUGGGUCGCAAAUUUGGAAUAUAACAAAGGCCUACAUUCUCAAAUUGAGCAGCUAUGCUAUCGUACAAGAAAUGGAUAAAGAAGGCAUUCCUCCAGAUCAACAACGUUUGAUUUUCGCUGGUAAACAAUUGGAAGAUGGGCGGACUUUAUCGGAUUAUAACAUACAAAAGGAGUCGACCUUGCACUUGGUACUCCGUCUCCGUGGUGGUAUAAUUGAGCCAUCGUUACGUAUUUUGGCCCAAAAGUACAAUUGCGAUAAGAUGAUUUGCCGCAAAUGUUACGCGCGCCUGCAUCCUCGUGCCACCAAUUGCCGCAAGAAGAAAUGUGGUCAUACCAAUAAUUUGCGUCCUAAAAAGAAGUUGAAAUAAAUUUAUGGCUUCAUAAUAAAAAUAAUUACGGUUAUGAAAUUAGUCCAA